AUGAGGCCACAUUGCCUAGCAUUCUUGUCGCGAAACACUUCUACGCGCUCCGGCGCCCUUACCAUUGGGUCAUCCGUCCGGGGAGCCUCGGCAUCCUUUUCGAGUUGCAGUCGACGAGCCGAGGAGCGCCGGUCUCUGUUUGACCAGGGCUCGUCUCAGUCGGACGAAGUCAAGCCUCUCUUUCCAGGUGGUAGGAUCUCGGCACGGAAGCGUCCAGGCGCAUCAUCUUCCGGUGGUCCAUCCAGCGCAAAGCCACCCGCAUCAUCUUCCACAGCCGCGCAAGAGGCGGUACAACUACCGGGCAUUCCCACCACCGCUCCUUCCCAAUUCUUCGAUUCUGACCCUGCUCAAUUUGGGUACACAAAGGACAGCCUACCGCUCAGGGUAGAUCCCAUCUUGGAACGCUUCAUCAAUAUCCUCAUGAAGGAUGGCAAGAAGCAGCGCGCCUCGCGUCAAGUGCACAAGAUGCUGGAGUUGCUUUCGCAGAUGACACGCACCAAUCCAGUGGUCGCGCUGAGUCGUGCCAUCCAACAAGCCUCUCCCCUGACGCGUAUGCAGAGUCAAAGGCAAGGAGCAAGGACGCUUCAAGUUCCCAUCGCUUUGAACGAGAGGCAAGGACAGAGAAGGGCUAUUCAGGGCAUCAUCAAUGCUAGCGAAAAGAGAAACGACAGGGAUCUGUCGGCUAGAUUGGCACUCGAGGUCUGCGCCGUGCUCGAUGGUACCAGUAACGUGCUGGCCAAGAAGGAGGAGGCUCACAAGAUCGCCACCAUGAACAGGUCCAAUUUGAGCACAAAGGUCUAG